ACGCACUCUGUCAGCGUCCAAAUGCUCGUAACUGGAUUCAGUUCUAAAUAGUACAGUCCGCAACAACUUUGCUCAAGUUAUAUUUGAAUUAUCUAAAGCACGCAUGCUACCAAUUCAGCUCAAUCCAGAUGAUUUAGAAACAGGAGGGGAAAUUCUUGGUAGUGCGCGUCUCUUAUGAAAACUGGAAAGGCAAUGGUUUGAAUUUCAGAAAUGCUAGAAAUCUGACGUUGUAAUUUUAGGCUUGGUAAAUCGAACGUUUUUCAUGACAAUUUAUGUUGGCGCGAGGAUGGUAAUUUGAACCAAUUGCUUGAAUUUUGAUACUUCCUCUGUCCUUUGAUGUUGAAACAUAUGUAUCUAGACAUAUUUCAGUGCUAGAUACAUCCGUUUGAGCGUCAAUUAAUAUGGGGCGGAUGAAAUACUUUACAGGUCAACGCAAUUCAACUCAACAUUUCACUUGAGUUGGAUAUGAUGUCGUAUUAGGGGUAGAUAGUAAGCGGGAAUAGUCAAUGGAUUAUUGCUUUCAGGAUCACAUUAAUAAUGGAUCUGGACCAGUUUCAUAAUAUCAUCACUGCAUGGGCUGCUUUUUGCAUGGUUCAAGGGGCUGGUCAGAAGGUUUUCAAGGUGUUGUCAAUGAACCAUUCAUAUAUUGUUGAUUUGAACUGUGAGAGUUGUGACUGCAAAAGAUGGGAGCUGUCUGGGAUUCCAUGUCAUCAUGCCAUAGCUUGUGCUAGAGAGGAGAGGAUAGAUCCUGAGAGCCUGGUGCAUGAAUGCUACUCUGUAGCUACUUACAAAAAAGCUUAUAGUUUCAAUAUCAAGCCGAUGAGGGACCAAGAGCAUUGGACAAGGAUGGAAGGAGUGGAUGUGUACCCACCUGUGUACACCAAGGUGAUGGGUAGACCAAGGAGAAAUAGAAAGAAAGAUCCAGAAGAGAAGCUUGACAAGGAAGGGGGCAAGAAACUGACUAAACAUGGUGUAAGCAUGCACUGUUCUGUUUGUGGAGCAGCAAAUCACAACAAGAAAGGUCAUCAGAAGUGGGCAGAAACAAAUAGAGAGGCACCAGUAGCUACAGAUGAUGAUUCAGAAGAGGAGUUUGAUGAUCCAUCCAUAAUUUCAAACAUCAUGCCACACACAAUUCAUCCAUCUAUGGAUCCAACUCAAACACCAGGAUCAAUGGUUUACCUCAUGCAGCAAAUGGAGAGGAUGUCAUAUCAACCAGUCAUGGACCAUGGUCCUCUUCCUGAAUCUUCAUUUGUCGCACAAGCUAGAGCUAGCAUUCCUCCACCAAGAGUGACAACUGCUAUGGCUACUGGAAGAGUUAGGAGGAGGGGUGUUACUGAAGAUAUUCCAGAGGAUGUGCCUCAAUCCAGCCACCAAACAAGUGAUAAUGCAAGAGGCAGGAAGAGGCAGGCUAAAGGAGGUGGUAGAGGAAAUGCUACAGGAAGUGGUACGGGAAACGCUUCGCGAGGUGGUAGGGGAAAUGCUACAAGAGGAAGUGGAAGGACAAGAGGAGAAGGUGCAAGAGGAGGAACUGGAAGAGGAAAUGGUGGAAGAGGAACUCUAUAUGACAAUGGAGGAAGGACUGGACCAGGGGCUGGAUUUUGGAACUUGAUGUUUGCACCUGAUUCAGAUAAGUCACAUGUCGCAGCAGAGGAAGAGCCAAUCACACAAAAUGCACCACAAGGGGAUGAGUGGGAUGAUGACUUCGUCCACAUGUAGAUAUACAAACUGAUGCAGAAGUUCAUGACUGAACUUUAUGGAAUGCAACUAAGUUCACCAAUGAACUUCAUUUGUCUAUUUAGAGGCCUCUUUUCAUGUAAACAUGUAAUGCACUUAAGUAUGUUGACAUGAAGCACAUUGGCAGUAUCUUUCAUUGUUCAAGUGUUUUGUGAACCUGCUUUCAAAAUUUAUUAUUCAAGAGUUAUGUGA